CUUGUACGUGCUUGUGUCAAUGUUCGGUGCUUGCUCCAAGUGACACAAUACGACAAUAAGCCCUGGCAGGGUGUUUGCCAAAGAUAGGGAUGCGUCGCAAACUGCAUGCUUGAGAUCGCAGAAACGAUCACGAUCUGUCCUAUAAAAUGGCCACACCUUUUUCGUUCACAUUUCAAUCUCUCAUGGAGCAAUUUCCGCACUUGGAGUUCAAUAUAAGUAUAUAUGAAGAGCAUUUGCUGACUGGAAUGUGUGGCGGCUGUUGCUACGCUGGACUUGCCACUGACGCAGAGCCUGGAUGCUCAUGCAACUGGCACUCCCGGUCCACUGGUACUUGGCUGGACCACCUGACUUACUACGUCCAACCUGGCCGCACUUCAGUGGGAGGAUGUACGUACGGUGAUGGCUCUUACCGAUACCACUUUGACUCGUCCAUGGUGCAAACCUGGGUCCUUUUGGUUAUGGUUUUUUGUCUUGCUCCGUGUCGGUUUCUCUUGUUGCAUGGCUUCGCCCUAACCUUGGUAGGUAAGUACGCUUCACAUGUCACCUGCAGCAUUCCAGCUAACGACGGUAUUCACCGACCCAGGACCGCAGGCAGUGCGUGACAAAGGUGGACUAGCGUACGAUGUUUUCCAGAAAGGAAUGCGGUGCCUGCGGCGGCACUGUUUUCUUUUGUUCCACCACAAGGAUUCUCG